GGGGUAGCCUUGGAGGUCCUGCUUCACCCCCUCUCAACACCACCUGUUGCAUUUGAGCCGCGUCUGGGUAACAGCCCAACAAUGAACACCUUGCUCUCUGCGAGUAGUCCGCUCCGCGCGCUCGCGCCGCCCUCGUAAAAAAAAUAGUACUCAAUUUUAAAACUAGGGGUCCAUAAAUGAACACAUACACCAUGCAAAAAGACGCAUCAAGAGUUAGGCGAAUACAUUUCCCUAACCUUGGGUUCGUUUCGCAGUUAUCAGAAAUUGUUAACGUUUUCAUCCCCACCCUCCAUGCCCCGAUGACUCCACUGACCUUUGUUUUUCCCCCAGGUUCGCUAAACUUGUCGCACAACAUGGUGCAGACCCUGGCCGUGGCUGGUGCCGUGGUGGUCGGGCUCGUUGGCGCCGCCGCCGUCCUCGCCCUGGUGCUGCCCAUGUUCGGCAUCCGCCUCUGUUACUUGCUGGGUACCUGCGACUCAUACGCGGCGCACGCCUACCUUGCCCCGGCCGCCUACGACGCGUACGCCUACUCGCAGCCCGUGUACGCCAGCGCCGCCUACGCCAAGAGCUAUGACGGUGCCACCAACGAGCUCCCCUAUUCCUACGAGGGCUACCCCCAGCACACGCCCCAGGUCGCCGCCUACCCCACCACCAACAGCGUCGCCGCCAACGCGUACCAGAAGAGGUCUCUUGAGUACGUUGGCCCCAUCCUGAAGAUGCUGAGCAACGCAUACGAGAAGUACAACAUUCCAGCUCAGACCAAGUCCAUUGUGGAGAGCGGCAAGUCCAGCACCUCGGCCAUUGACAGCAAAGCAGAGUAAGGGCGAGGACCACAACGCGAUUGUAAAUAAUUAAGUUGAGAGUGAAUGAGAGACAAUCCCCCGCCAGAGCGGCCCUGUCAGUAAUCCGUCCAUACAGUAUCGGCAACUGUCAUUGGGAAUUCCCCGUUCUACGCCUUCCUCCUUCUCACCGUCAGCGGCAUAUAAGAGGGGUGAGGGAUAGCGGAGACAUGUACAAAAAUGCACUAAAUUGUAAAUUCCUCGUAAUGUGAUAGUUUUCUGGGAAUUCCCCGUGGCUCUGGCGCUCCCAUGGCGACACCCUACUGAGGUAGGAGAAAAAAUGUUCUAAAGUAAAUCAAAUUGAAAUUUACAAACUGUUUUGCAACAAAGUUUGCAUGCUUAAUGAUGCGCGUGCUUGUCUGAUGUCCACAUGACUACUUGAGAUAUUUCUCAUUGUGCCAUUUUCGUUGUACUACGUUCGUUUCUGUACAUUCGAUCUGUUUCUUCCUUGGAAGACAGUAAUAUGUCGGGACUCAAUGCUAAUAUGAGGGCGCUUUACGUGCCCAAUCGUGUAACUGUAUGUAUACAUUGUUGAGUAGUUUGUAGAGAGAAGUAUAAUUUUAAUUAUUCCUCGAAAAAGCCCUUCUCUGUUCUUUUGUACCGUAAAUAGAUAUAACUGAAGUUUGUUUUUGCGGUAAACCUAGGGUAACUCCGUACAAGAGGCAAUUGUAUUUAU